CGCCAUCCAAGAUGGCGCUGCGCACAGUGUCUGCUGGUGUGCUUCGGAAUUGUUUUGAUUUAAGGGUCAACAAUGCAAGGACUUUUGUCACAACAGCGUUCCUCUAUCGACGGAGACCUCCCUUGGGCCCGAUGCCGAAUGAAGACAUUGACGUUCAAAACAUUGACACAAUAGAGAAAUAUCGCAGCUACAACCGUUACUUCAGACAGGCUGAAGACGCGAAGAACAAGCUGGUCUGGUGGAAGACCUAUCACGGCUAUAUGGAGAAAGAGGAUCCGGAACAUGGUGCAGCACGGGUGAAUAUCGGACUACCUCGAUAUCGACACUCUAGAACCGAUGAGCUGAGGGAGAGGAGGCAGGUGAUGAAGGAGAACAAGAAGAAUAUCGAACUGGAGAGGACCAGUCGUUUGCGCACAUUCAAGAUAUCUGUGGAUCGAGUGCAGGAAAUAUGGGAGAAGAGCAGUGGUCCCUUUCAUAUAAGAAGACUGGCAGACCACUAUGGGGUCUUCAGGGAUCUUUUCCCUAUGGCGUAUUUCCUGCCUCAAAUACCUCUACGGAUCUGCUAUAGCCAGGGAACGAGUGGUCAAGUGCAUUAUGGGAAUCCUCUGACACCGACAGAAGCGGCAUCUGCUCCUGUGGUCAGCUUUAAUGCCGAUGAGGGUUCGCUUUGGACCCUCUUGCUCACCUCACCAGAUGAGCAUCUUCUCGAUAAUGAAGCUGAAUACCUGCACUGGCUUGUUGGGAACAUACCAGGCGGAGCAGUGCAGGCUGGAGAAGAACUAUGUCACUAUCUGCCUCCUUUUCCCGCAAGAGGAACGGGCUUCCACCGCUACAUUUACAUCCUUUUCCAGCAGGAGGGGCCCAUACGCUUCCAGGAGGAUUUGAGGCCGUCGCCAUGUCAUUCACUGGUAGACCGUACAUUCAAAACAGUGGAUUUCUACAGAAAACACCAGGACAGCAUGACACCAGCUGGUCUGGCGUUCUUCCAGUGCCAAUGGGAUGAAUCUGUCACCAGCACCUUUGACAACACCCUCAACAUGCGAGAGCCAGUGUUUGAAUUCAUCCGUCCUCCAGUUUACCAUCCACCGCAAGUGAAAUACCCCCACGGACAACCCCUGCGCUACCUGGACAGAUACAGAGAUGGAAAGGAGCAAACCUAUGGCAUAUACUGAUGAGCAUACGUACAUGUUGAAAUGCUGAGAAAUGUCUGGUGGUCACACCACUUAUCUCCUUUUUUAUGUGUUUUGGGGUUCCGUUUGAGAAUUAAAUGAGGAAUAAGAUUUUAAUAAAAAUGCAUUUAUCAUGGUUAAUAUAAUAUGCCUCUGCAUCUUUGUGGUACAACUAACAAUGUCAUCACUGUCACUGUUGAAUUACUGUACAUCUUGUUUUAAUGAUUAGUUUUACCUUUCAGUUUUGUUUUUUUCACCUGUAAAUGUUUAAAAAAAAUAAAGCAAUAAGCCACUCAAACUCAUAUGGAGACUGGCUGCAGAA